UCCUCCAAUUCGCCGAAGCCGAGUGAACAUUGGCUUGUUUUACCUCCCGGAUUUGUGCUUCUCUUUUCCCGAGCUGAGGUUGCCAAGUGUAAUGCAUGCUCAAGGAGGCAAGCAGGUAUCUGUCGUUCAAAACGUUACCGCCUGCAGCCCUGGCUCCUUUUAGCAGGACUUGAUGCGAGGCGAGCUACUUGGGCUUUGGGAUGGCCAAUCCGCUACUGACAGUUAUCUAGUUCAUUCAAGCCUGGCUUGAUUUAGCAGACUUGGUACGCAUGCGCCGCACUGUGGAGCCUACGCCAAUGCAGCUCGCGGAGGAACUGUAAAGAUGGCAAAAGAACGAGCGACCUUUUUCAACACUUCGGAGCUAGAGCUGUUAAUGCAGUGCUAUGAUGACGAAAAAGAUACAAUAUCCGCCAAAAGCAACACUGCGGCCUCUGCUAAAGCGCGACGUGAAGCCUGGCAAAGAAUCGCGGAUAGAAUUAAUGCCUGCAAUCCGAGGGGGGUGAAAAGAAGUUGGCAACAAGUGAAGACAAAAUACAAGAACAUCGUCCAAAGCGCUAACAGGAAGAUGGAGCACUGGGAGACGGGAGGAGGCUCUGACCCUCCACGAUUAACACUGGCAGAGGAGCUGGCGCUUCACCAUAAUUGUGCCAGGCAGAUGAUGGAUGGCAAACCUGAGGGCAGCUCCUCUGAGCAGGUUCGCCCAACUGGUAGAAGUCCUUGUGUUAAAGCCCCUGCAUGCCCUGCCUCCCCUGUGGACCCUCCUGCCCCAAUCCAGGCGCUGGACAAACAGGUUGUUCAUAGGGAAACACGGCCAAAUGAAGCAGGAGAGAGAGGCAUGAAAGAAACCUACAAACGGUAUUUGGAAGAAGAAAUGGAAUAUCGUAAGGUGAAGAGGAGACUGCUCGAAAAGCAGAUGAUAAAGUUAGAUCUGGAAAUACAACUGCUAGAAAAACAGCUGCUAGACAAAUCCUCAUGAUUGGAAUAAAGACUCGUUCCACUUUUUGCCUGAUUUGUGAGAUUGAUUUGGGGUGAAGGUUAGAUUAGUUCAUCUGCCUUGAGUAUAUAGUGGUGGACAACCCUAGGGCGAUAAUGGUAGUAGGUUGCAAAGGAUCAAGGAUGAAUGGUAGGAUGCAUCAGUGAGCCCUUGUGUGUCUUGGAGGGAGAUCAACUUCUGAGGUAUGUAGCAUUAUUAUUUAAAAGCCAAAUUAAAAUAUUUUAUGCCAAUAGCUUGAUUAAUUUACAAGUGGACACUAGCAUAUUUGGGCACUUGCCCUUAAAGGCUGGGACACAUGUCACAAUUGUGUUAAUUUUAUCCUCUAAAAGUAAACUGAUAACUACACUGUCAGCCAUCAAUGUAUCAGUAGUGCUUUAAUCUGUAUUGUCUUCAGUACUUGGUGUGCAGUAAUGUUUCUUCAGCCUGGUAAUCAACCUGCUCAAGAAGCAUCCAGGCAUCGAGUAUCUUCAACCUGUCAAGGAACCGUGGUUAGAGCUGCUGGCUUGGUCAACAACAUACUUCUGCAACUCUGUGCGUAAGACCUCCGUAGUUAGAGAUUCUCUCCUUUUAGUGUCUGCAAAGAGGCAACAUUGCUUUGAAUGGCUAAUGCAAGCUUGGCCAGGAGGAGGUGAUCAGUAAUGGAUGGUGAUGCUCAUACACCACCAAAUGAAAAAUCUUGAUUGGAAGUUUUUUCCUGCUCAUUUGAAAACCACCUUAAUCUUUCAAAGAACAAGACAUGUUGGUUCUCCAAUGCCUGCGUAAGGGG